GAAGGCUCCAGAACAUAUCAGGGAGAGGCGGGAAGACACAGAGCUCGAGCACAUUCAGCACAAGAGGCGGGAGAUGAAGUGUUUCCACGAGAGCCAAAGCGCAAACCAGGUGCACCACGCGCUGCACUUUCAAACAGACCAGCGCAACUCGCUAGCUGCUCCCUCUCCGCUGUCCGCUCCUCCAUCAGACCCACGGGACUUCACUGGUUCAUUCCUAACCUGACAGGCUCAGCUCAUCGGACCGGGAGACCGGGCGAACGCAGGAGUAGGGGGACACUGAGCCGGAGUUGGAGGGGGGACAUGCUCACUCAGAAACCCAGCAUAGUUUCUCCAAGGUGGGCCAAGCUGUGACAGAGGGCCUCUCUCUGGUGAGCCAAUCCGCAACCCUGACCGCUCCAACAGGCCUCACUCCCAGUCCUAACUACUGUGUGUGCCAGGACCAGGCCACCUCCAGCCCAGGCCAGACCACGUCUACCCCAGGCCAGCCCAGAGUGGGUCAGCCCCAGCCCAACCCACCUCUUCCCCAGCCAAGUAGCGGCCCAGGCCCAGGCUCCAGAAGCAUGGCCUUCACCCUGUCAGAGAUCAUGGCUGCACGGCGGCAGCAGCAGUCCCAGGCCCAGCGGGCGGCAGGCAGGGUGGCCGUGGAGGUGGAUGAAUACAGCACCAACCCCACCCAGGCCUUCACCUUCUACAACAUCAACCAGGGACGCUUCCAGCCCCCGCACGUACACAUGGUGGACCCUCUGCCCCACGACACUCCCAAGCCGCCAGGUUACACCCGUUUUGUGUGUAUCUCAGACACCCACUCCCGUACGGACGCCAUUCAGAUGCCCUAUGGAGACGUGUUCAUCCAUGCUGGAGACUUCACAGAGCUGGGCCUGCCCUCUGAGGUCAAGAAGUUCAAUGAUUGGCUAGGCACCUUGCCCUAUGACAUAAAGAUAGUGAUUGCGGGGAACCAUGAGUUGACCUUUGACCAGGAGUUCAUGGCUGACCUGAUCAAGCAGGACUUCUACUACUUCCCGUCGGCCUCCAAGCUGAAACCAGAGAACUACGAGAACGUCCAGUCCCUGCUCACCAACUGUAUCUACCUGCAGGACUCAGAGGUCACUGUACGAGGCUUCCGUAUCUACGGCUCCCCCUGGCAGCCAUGGUACUAUGGCUGGGGGUUCAACCUGCCAAGAGGUCAGGCUCUGUUGGACAAGUGGAACCAGAUUCCCGACUCCACCGACAUACUGGUCACACACUGCCCCCCACUGGGGUUCCUGGACUGGGUUCCUAAGAAGAUGCAGCGGGUGGGCUGUAUGGAGCUGCUCAACACUGUCCAGAGGAGAGUACAGCCCAAGCUGCACGUGUUCGGACACAUCCACGAAGGUUAUGGUAUGAUGACAGACGGCACCACCACGUUUGUCAACGCCUCGGCCUGCACAGUCAACUUCCAGCCCAUGAACCCGCCCAUCGUCUUCGACCUGCCCAAUCCCACCAGGACCACAUGACUAGAGAAGCCCCGCCCUGCUGAGCCCCCCUCCAAUCAGGAGACAAGUGGUGGGAAGGCCCAUAGGUGAGGGUGGCGGGCAGGUGUGGUGGAGUACUGUAUAUAGUCAAGGCUCUAACGGAUGCUGUGUGUGUGUGUGUGUGUGUGUGUGUGUGUGUGUGUGUGUGUGUGUGUGUGUGUGUGUGUGUGUGUGUGUGUGUGUGUGUGUGUGUGUGUGUGUGUGUGUGUGUGUGUGUGUGUGUGUGUGUGUGUGCGUGCGUGUUGGUGUGUGUGGCACAACACACACAAGCCCAAGUCUCUUACAGACGUUGUGUGUGUCUAAAGAAACAGGCGCUGUUGCCAAUCCUCACUUGGCAAAUCCAUCGAUGUUCUUUUAUAUACUGUCAUUCCUUUAUUUGAACAAAAGCUCUUACAAACUCGAAUGUAAGGCAAAAGACAGACCCCAGAUGCCUCAUUUCUCAUAUGGACAUGUCAGCAUUAGUCUGUGAAUCUUCUGUUGCACUUCUACUGCACUGACAAUCUGACCUGGCUGUCAGAUAGAGAAGAGGACAGGGGGAACAGUGUCUCCUGUGUCACUGUUUGGACUCACAGUCUUUCUCUCAGAAGAAGACACUGGAUAACUCUCAUUCUCUCUUGUUCCUCAUAGAGGACUCUGUUAAGCCACCAGUGGAAGUUGCUCAGUGGUGACGUUUUGACAUUGUGACAUUGUGGUCCACCCUUCAUUUGAGACCUUCCCUGAGGAGUGAUUGAACACUUACCAGUAGGGUUUCAGAACAUGAACCCAAUGUCCAUGUUCGACUUUGUGGAGCUGUUUGCCAGCACAGAAAGGAUACCCCUUCCAGUACUCUGAUAUCACACAUCCUGCACUGCAGAUUAAAACACUGCUUUCCCCUCAUCCCUUUUUCUCUUGAUCCCUCGUUUUCCCUGCCCCUCUAGGUUCACUCUCUUUCUCUCACUCUCUCUCUUUUUCUCUCUCUCUCUCUCUCUCUCUCUCUCUCUCUCUCUCUCUCUCUCUCUCUCUCUCGCUCUCUCUCUCUCUCAGGCCUUGGACAUGGUGGUUUGUGUGUGUGUGUGUGUGUGUGUGUGUGUGUCUGUGAGAGAGAGAGAGAUCAAAGUGUGUGUGUGAGGGCAGCGGGAGGUCUCUGCCACGGGCUGUGUGUGAGUAUAAGUGUCAAACGUGUUGACACCACUCCCCUGGGUCUCAUUACAACUCUCAGUAAGCCUCUUAACCAGGGGAGAGGGAUCUCUUCUCUUCCUCUUUUCCCUUGUUUAUCCCCCUCUCUCCUUCUUCCCCCCUCCAUCCCUCGUUGCAUGUGUAAUCAGCUCACCCUCUCAUCCCUGGCUCAUGUGCCGUGAUCCUGACAAGUUUAUUUAUUCCGAGGUCACCGACUGGGAAGUCUGCACGAUUUUGAUUCCUGGUACGGAUUACUGGAAAUACGUAAUAGCCAACGAAGCGGAUUGGCAAAUGUGUUCGCUCCCGACCCUGUACAGAAACAGCAGUGUCUGGAAUGUUCUCGCUGCUCCAUGGUGCCCUUUCUGGGAGAGAUGUAUCAUGGGAAUGAACUUUGAACUCUUAGUGGACCAAUGAAUGACGAUGAGGUGUAGGCCUAAUGUACCGUAACUGGUCAAGAAGUCGGAACUGUACAUCUACAUCACCUGUCAUUGUAAAAACAUGUUAGCAAUCAAGGAUUACUUCAAAUGUUGUUAAAUAUGUGUGUUGUUUAAAAAAAGAGCCAGUGCAGAAACAAUGUUUACAUUUUAUUCUAAGUUCAGUUCUUUCUUGAAUAGGCUAAUAAAUGCUUAUUACUGUAUAAUAAUAGCUGCACUAUAUUACACUCUAAAAAAUGCUGGGUUGUUUGGUUGACUCAACUCACGAGUUGUUUUCUUUAAAAACUUCAGGGUUAUUGAUGCUGGGUUAUUGAGUUAUGACUUUGGGCUUCAAUGACGCUUACAGAAGUGUAUAUGUUCCCUAAAACCUAUGUAAAUCCCAUUGUUGGGAUACAAUAAGGUGGUAUACCUUAUUAGGCAAUAAGAUGGUAUACCUUAUAAUAAGUAAUAAAGAAUAAUAAUAAUAUUACAGACGAAUGUGUGAAAAGCAUGUUAUUGACAUUUUAAUUUGCAGUAUGUAAAUUUAAGAUUAUUAUAUAUUAUUAAGAUGAAGAACAGGAGUGACAUUUAGUCUCACGGGUGGCCAAUAAGAUCUUGCUUAAAGCCACUCCCCUAAUAAACCAGGCCUCCUGAAAAUAACCUAAGGAUUACGUUAAAUAAGACCCAGCUUCUAGGUCAACCCAGCAUGAGAGUAAAAAAUACCCAACUGAUGGUUACAUUAACCCAUGUUUGGGUAAUCCCAACUACCCAACAUGUUGGGUCAUUCAUGCAACCCAACUGGCUGGGUCAAAAUAACCCAACAUGCGUUCUGUCCACUAUUUAACAAACGCUAAAUUGGGUUGUUUUUAGCCUAUCAUUUUUUAUAGUGCACGGGGUUACCCACACCUUGUGUAGCCAUUAUUAACGCGUUCAUGUUGUCAAGCAGUUGUCUGCGUAAAAAAGGGUUACAUUUUUCUUUCGAAAGCACUUGUGAAUGAGCGUCCUUCCUCUGCUCGUCUGGAAGCCUUUGGUUGGCUAGCUGAGCUCAAAGUGUGGUUAGCAUAACAUGACAACAUCCCUGUUUGUUCUCUCUCUGCUCUCAUUAGACAUUAUAUAUCAACAUCCCCUCUGGCUACAUUUUAUUCCCAGGGUCACUGGGCUUUUACUGCUGUUCUGCACAUUGUGCUAGCUGGGCUAUGUCUUAAUGGGGCAGAUUAGUGGGCUGUUGUAGGAAUAAGUUAGAGUGUUUACAGAUAAGAUACCUGUGUGCGAUUGUGUGCAUGUGGAUAGAUCCAGGGGGUAAGCAUCCUGGGAACAUGCUUAAGCGGGACUG